UAAGUACUAAAUAUCAAUUGCCAAAAGUCUUGUAACUUUUAUUAAGCAAGUACUUACAACCGGGUUCGUUAGAAACCAUGUCACGUCUUACGAUCAUAGUUGCCGCCACAAAAUCUAAUGGUAUCGGCCAACAUGGUGAACUUCCAUGGCGGCUGUCGAAGGAGAUGGCCUAUUUUGCUCGGGUCACGUCCACCGCGCCUGAAGGACGGAAGAACGCGGUCAUCAUGGGGCGGAAGACAUGGGAGAGCAUACCAGCCAAAUUCAGGCCUCUCUCUAAACGCCUCAACGUAGUCAUCAGCCAUAACAAGGACUACGAACUGACGUCCUCCAACCCGUUGACUCCAGUUCACCUUUGCUCGAACUUGACUCUGGCAGUUGAUUUGGCAUCUCAGGCUGAUAUACACCGACGAUUUAUUAUCGGUGGAGUAUCCUUGAUCUCAGAGGCACUAAAUCCUGCAUCUUCGAGUCCAACGUCUUGCAUCGCUGACCGUGUCCUCUUGACACGGAUCCUUGCGCCUGAUUUCUCCCAAUGUGACGUUUUUAUUCCAGACUUCUUGGGAGCAAGCGAGGAAGGGGAGAUAAAAUGGAAGCAAGCAACUCAUGAUGAACUCGUGCAAUGGACAGGAUUCGACGUGCCAGCUGGAGUCCAGGAGGAAAAGGGAGUUAGCUACGAGUUCCAGAUGUGGCUUCGUCAGUGACAUUGGUGGUAGAAUAUUUUGAGAGCUGUGCAUUAUAUCGACAAAAAUGAUCCUCCUUCCCCUACACGCAUUCUACCAAAACAAU